CGGUACACUGCACGGGGGGAGCACCGCUGGAACGGUUUAGUAUAAAACCCAUCAGGCUUGGCCGGCACAUGGAUGGCCAACAAAGCGACUUUUGACCAAGAACCACAUUUUUGAAGGAAUCACAUCAAUCAAGGAUACAACAGAAAAAAAAAACAUAUAUAUAUCGAGAGAUCACCAGGACAGAAUGAAUGCUCCUCCACCAGCUUACAGUGCAGUCGACCAACAAUCUUCUGAGCGUCGUCGGCAUACAUUCCAUCCAAGCCUCCAAGGAGACUAUAACCAACAACAACAGCAACACCCAUCGACGAACCCGAUCCAAGCCAGCACCCAAAGCCGACUGGGAAGGAGCUCGCAGUCGUUAUCGAUCCAUCCGAACCGAUCGGCCAACCAUCGACACACCGUCUCGAAUGGCCAAGCCGCCGGUCAACAACGAGGACUGGGGAGUUUGAUCGUGGGGUUGGGGGCAGCCUCGGCCUUGAACAGCGCCCUCAACCAAACCCAGGCCGCGCCGCUCGCUCAUUCCAAUCUUCCCUCCGGCGAAGACAAGUUGGCUAUCUUGGCCAGAUAUGAUACCGUGCUCUUGAUCGACGAUAGUGCGUCGAUGAGCCAACAGAAUCGUUGGAACGAGGCCGCCGUCGCCGUCGCUGGCUUAGCUGAUACCCUUGUCCACUACGAUAACGAUGGAAUCGAUGUCUACUUUAUGAAUUCCAUCGAACAUCUUCGUAACGCUACCUCGGCCGCCGAUGUGACUAACCUAUUCCGAAGAGUCCAGCCUAUUGGACGCAGUACGCCUACAGAUGUGAGAGUAGAGGAGCUACUCGGGAUAUAUCUUGACCGAUUAGAAGUAGGCAAAGCCACGCAGAUGGCGCCGAUCAAGCCGUUGAACUUGAUUGUGAUCACCGAUGGAGAGGCGGAUGAUCCGGACACCCUGGCCUAUGCCUUGGCGGGCUUCUCGGACCGUCUCGAGCUCGGCCGGUUCCCGCUCAACCAACUCGGCGUCCAGUUCAUUCAGAUCGGCAACGAUCGUAAUGCCACCAAGUUCUUGAAAUCUCUCGACGAUGAGUUGAGGUCGGAGUCGAGUGGUCGAAGAGAUAUCGUCGAUACAACUCCUUAUCAAGGUAGUGUGACCACUAAAUUCCUUAUCAAGGCUCUCUUGGGUGGGAUCAAUAAGAGAAUCGAUCACCAAAGCUCGCAUUAAUCACAAUCUGGUCUUUUAUUUAGUCAUGGAAGGUAUUAUCUUAUCAUUUAAUAAUCAAUUAAUCAACCAGGAACAAAAGGAAUAGAAAAAGAAAAGAAAAAACAAUUCGAGUUUCAACUCUACAAAAAAGACGAUGAUUAUUAUGGCAUAUCUAUGAUCUAUCACCCAACCAAACAGCAUUUGUCUCUUUAUUUUAAUAGCGUUCAGAUGAUGUAGCUCCCAACCCCAAAAC